AGAUCAGUAGUAUAUGCCAGAAUCAGAAACAAAAUUUAAUUGAAGCAAGUUUUAAGGUUAUGUUUUGAUGAAUAAAAACUAAUUUUAGUUUUUUUUUUAAUAAGAGUACAUUUGAAAUUAAUAAUGCUUCGACAAUUCAUAAAAUCUAUAGUUCCAGUGAGGAUUAAAUUGGCCCGAGCCGUAGGUGGCGCCAGUAAUGGCGGUGAAGCAAGUGGUGAUCAAUCAGCUUUUCAGAAAAACAGCAAGACCAAAGAACAACAACUAUCCACAGUCCUAAAACGUAGCUUGCCAGGCAUAACAUACCUCAGCGUGGAAGACAUUUCUGGGGGGUGCGGUGCCAUGUUUGAGAUAAGUGUUGAAGCAACAGAGUUUGUAGGAUUAUCUCGAGUUAAGCAGCAUCGUUUAGUGACAGAUUCCCUGAAAAGUGAAAUAGCUGAAAUGCAUGGCAUACGCAUCCAUACAACCCCUGCAGCUGUAGAAAAAAAGUGAUAGUAGUUUUAAUCUAUUUGUUGUUAUUUAAAUUGUAAAAAAAUUACAUUAUGAGAUAUAAUUUAGCUUUAAUAUAAUUCCCACACCUAUA